GGACUGGAGGGUGAGGGCUCAGGCUCCCAGCUGGCCUGGUUGGGUCAGCUGGAGGGCAGGGGGACAAAGGAGGGUCCAGCAGGGAUGGGAGCAGAGAGCAGACACUGCCCCUUUCCCAGCUUGGCUCUGGUGGACUCCGAGGGCAGUCCUGCGGCAGGAAGCCCUAGCUCUACCGAGGCCCGGGACCUGUGCGUUAUCUGGGCUCGGGUGAGUCAUCCUCCCCAGGCUGUUUUCACUAUUGGAACUGGGUUGAGAUUACCAGGAAAAACCUGUUGGAGGCAGGGAAACCUCAUUCCCAGUUCCCAUGGCCAUUCCCUUAGGAUUCUGAACAGGAAGUUCUCAGCUCCAGGGGAAGGCGUCCGGAGCGGGAGAGAGGACAUCUUUGAGUGGAUCCUGGGUCUCUGCUCCCUAAUUUCUGCUUAGGAGUUAGCCUGAGGGGAGGGCUGGAGGGAGGCCAGGGGAGGGAUGGAGCCUCCUGAGUGAUACACUGGCCUCGUUUGCAAAGCUGUAACAGCCCAUUUCCGGAGUAGCACACCCCUGCGAAUGUGUGUCACGGGGAGCACGGGGAGCACGGUCUGCCCUGGGAAGCAGUCACGGUGGCCAAGGGCACCUGGGAAGUGCCUGGCUGGGAGGGGCGUCUCCGAGUGGUGGAGUUCUGCCCCCACACCGAGCAUUCAUUCCAAAGUUUGCUCUCUGAGGGGUGGGAUUAACAAUUGGCAGACAACAGGCUGGUCUGGGUGCCGUGAGAGGAAGGGCGUCUGUGCUUGGUCUUCCAUUCUUAGGCUUGACCUAAGAGCCUCACUCUUCGGCCAUACGCCAGCCGGGGAACCCAGCCCUGACACAUCAGCUGCAUAAUUCUUGAGUUGAGUGUCACCUGCAUUUUGUGGAAUGAGAUGCCAUUUAACCAGGCGGGAGACCUGGACCAAGUGGCCAUCCUGUUUGUCUUAGGCGGGUGAACAGGGUCUGAGAGCUCAUUUGCAUUCCAAUGCUUGCUCCUCCCAGGCAGUGCGAUUGACAGCUGGGUGGCCUGCGGUACCUGCACUCGGAGCAGCCUCCCUACUCUUCUCACACUGCAGCCUGAAAGGUGGUGCCGUGCACCGGUUCUUGGUUGUGUCCUUACUCAGCUGCCAGCAGGUCGGGGAGUGGUGACGUGAGAGGGGGGGCCGGUCUGAGGAAGGCAGGAGGUGGAGAGAAGCGUGGGUCUCUGGGUCAGUUAAACCCCCAGGGCGUGCUCAGGGAAGCCCCAGGAGAGGGAACCAGGGGUUUGGCACUCCUCUUAAGACUUUGGAGCAUCACGGAUCUUAGCUUCCUGACUGCUAAGUAGCUGGCAAGCGGCCUGGAGCCUGCUGCAGCUCCAGUUCAAGGGCCUCGCUGUGGUAUAUUUCACAGAGGCCCCACACUGGCAGCUGUGGUCCAAGGGGGGCCUUAGUUGGUUUGCUUAGUGCUUCUACACUUGUUAAAUUGAUUGGAAACGUUUAAAUAUCAGGAUAUUUGCUGUUAAGAAGAUAUGGAUUGUGGCUUUUUGAAAAAUAGAAAGUCCUGGCGACCUCAUGUGGCCAGGUCUCCGAGACGGGGCAUGCCUUCUCUGAUUGGCCACAGGCCCUGCCUCGCCCCUCACAGACCCUGGAAACACUUGUGUUUCUAAACCCUGAUAAGGCUCUAGAACGUCAGAGCUGAGAGGGGCUUUCGUGAUCCUGGAGUUCCAACUUCUCCGUUGCCAGUUAAAGAAAGGGAGGCCCAGCUAAGGGGUGACUUUCCCAGGGUCAUGGGCCCCAGCGCUCAGGUCAUGGGACAUCUUUCCACCAGGGCUUCUUGGUACUUCACGGUGGAGCCACCAUGGGUGGAGAGAGCCCGGCUUGCCCUAAAUCCUGCUCUUGACCAACUGCAGAUGAGCCUGUGAUGUGUGUGUUCCGUGAAAGUCUGGGGGACUAAGGCUCUGGGCUGGGAAAUGCGUCUGACGCUGCCCUGCAGCAGCUCAAGGCCCUGCCAGCAGUCUCUAGGGAGAGCAGCAGGUCUCUGUGCCGAGUCGGGGUAGUAUCCUGCGGCUGUGGGUACUGUCAGGUUGGAAGGGGUGUUGACCUUUCCUGUUCUGGCUACUUAAGGACUCAUGGAUCAAAGCCAGGAGGACAUGGAACUGUCUUAUGUCAAGCAGCACCCAGCCAUCUAACGCCUUAAUCUCCUGGAAGUUUACUUCCCGCUCAGCCAAGUCCCAGACAAGUGUUCCUCACUGGCAAGCGUUCGCAUCUUCCACCCGACAUCCUCCCCUGAGCAGAAACCCCUCCAGCUUCGCGAUCCAGCCAUGGCCGCCUCUGCACUCCCAGCUCCCCCACUGCCCGGCCAGGCCCAGCCCAGCCCCUCGAGACCUGCCUCUAGUCAGUGAGGAGCUCUCGCUCACGCUGGUGCACAAUCUGCAGGAGCUGCGGCGAAGCGCCUCGCUGGCCACCAAGGUCUUCAUCCAGAGAGACUACAGCGAUGGGACCAGCUGCCAGUUCCAGACCAAAUUCCCCCCCGAGCUGGACAGCCGGAUCGAGCGGCAGCUCUUUGAGGAGAUGGUGAAGACUCUCAAUGGCUUUUACGCGGAGGCCGAGAAGAUCGGAGGCAGCUCCUACCUGGAGGGCUGCCUGGCCUGCGCCACGGCCUACUUCAUCUUCCUCUGCAUGGAGACUCACUACGAGAAGGUUCUCAGGAAGAUCUCGCGCUACAUCCAGGAGCAGAACGAGAAGGUCUUUGCGCCACGAGGCCUCCUGCUCACGGACCCCGUGGAGCGCGGGAUGAGGGUCAUCGAGAUCGCCGUGUACGAGGACCGCUGCAGCAGCGGCAGCUCCAGCAGCGGCAGCUCCAGCGGCAGCGGCAGCAGCGGCGGGGGCGGGGGCGGGGCCGGGGCCCGGUGACUGGCCGAGAGUCCCUGCAGCGAGGUGUACGGCCGGGCCGAGGGCCUUGCAGACCUGCGGCGGCUGCGCUACCAGAGCACCCGCUUCUGAGUCGUUUCUGGGCCCUGCUGCCGGGCUGGGAGGGAACGGGAGUGGCCCCAGGUCUCCUAUGGCCGAGCCCAUGCCCCCUGCCCCUUGCCCCUUGCCCUAGGCAGGACUGGCCCCUUCCUGAGCAGGGGCUCCCCCCCUCCCGCUGCCCCGGGUGGUGGUGCGGAAGGCUGGGGAGGGGGGGAACAGAGCGGGGCAGCCCCUGUCUUCAGCUCCGCUCCCCAGAGCCCCUGGGGAGGUCCAGGCCUGGGACCGGAGGACGCCCAGCCCGCAUGAUCCCCUGUCUGAGCCCUCACCCACCCAGACCCUCUCCCUGUGGUCCUGCCGCCCUGUCUCCCUGCUCUUUGUGACGCCACCACAGGGCCUCCGCCUGUCUGUGACCCUGCCUCUGUCAGUCUGAGGCUGAGGAGACGGGCACGUGUGGGGACCUGUCCAGCCCUCCAUUUGUGGUUUUCCUGUUCCUGCCCAGGGCUGAGGCCAUCCCAGGCUUGCCAAGUAGUGUCCCCUCCGAGACUUCGCAGGCCACCAGGCGCUGUUGUGUGGCACACAGCCAGGGUUUGGGGAGGUUUUAGGGGGUCUGGAAAAACUCUUUGUGGACAGCUGUAGCCUUGAGUGUGACCUCCUGAACUGGAGCCAACUUCCUGAGCUUGCAGCCCGUGUGUGAGGUGUGAGUGUGCACAUGUGUCGUGUGUGUGGGUGCACGUGUGCAUGAAUGCAAAUACAUGUGUGAACAUGCACGUGUGCACAGUGCAUAAGGGAAUGUGCACAGCUGAGCACACACAUGUGCUUGUAUGUGUGCAUACACGUGAGUGGACAUGGCUGCAUGUGGUAUGUGUGGGUGCACAUGGGGGCAUGAAUGCGCGUGUCUGUGCAUGUAUGUACAUGUGUGGGGAGUGCAUGUGUGCAUACAUGGGUACCAUCCACACUGUGUGUUCCUCCUGGCUGCAAGGCCACGGUCACCGCCUCCGUCCUGUGUCGUCCUUGCCACACGGUCAUCUUCCCUGAGUGAGUCCAGCCCGGUCCUCUGUAAAUAAAUGUCCCAAACUCCCUGACCCCUUGCCAGGAGCUGCCACGGAUCCUCCUGGCCUCUCCCCCACUUGCUAGCGGAAGAGAAGCUGGGGUUCCAGGAGAGCAGAGCCAACCUCCCGGUGGCCUUUGGUGCCCUCUCCUGGCCCCCGUGACAACCGGUCUGUGGACACCGAGUGCUCAGCCCGCCUGGGCCCUGGGGAAGGCCAGGCUUCCUUAGCCGUUUGAAGGAGCUGGCAGCCUACAGGGACCAGGGGACCCUCCUUGCCAGAGAGCCAGUAGGUCUACCCCAGUGGUGCUCUGGCCCCUGAGGUCCAGGGAAGCCAGUGGGAAGGGGCGGCCAUCUGCCCGGUGCCCCGAAGGUGGACAGAAAGGGGCUGUGCACGCCAGCCAGCAGGAGGCCCUGGAAGUGGACGUGAAACACCCGCCACUGCAAGUAGCUUUGGGAAACUGGAGAGAGGCCUGGGCUGCUUUUGCUGGACAUGGGAGCUGGUCGUGGGAAGAGGUGCCAACCCAGAGGGCUGGAGAGGGGCCCCUGGGGCCCUAAUAAAUCCAGGUCCAUGGAUCCCCCCAAGAGCGGCAGCCCUCUCCCUGACUGGGCUGUGGCCGCGCCCACCUUGGCCCACGGUGCGCCUGGGCACCUCGUCCAACCUGUGCCCAUUUGUUAUUUCUUUUUCCAAUAAAAGGGUUUGCCCAGCCGGAGGCUCUGUGUUGCUUCCCCUGCCCCCUGGUGGUGGGGCCAGGUCUGUGCUCCGGGAUGGCCGGCAGGAAGGGUGAGCCCGAGGAGUGCUAGCCCUACCACAGGGCGCGAUGGACCCUGCUGCUUGGAACUUGAGUCUGACGGGGAGGUGGUCCCUCCAGGGCCUCUCAGCUGGAUUCCUUGGGGACAUCUGUGGCUUGGGUGGAGAGGCCAGGUCCCCCUGAAAUCCAGGCCCCAGGAAGCUGGCUAAUGGCUUAGAUCAAGCCUGUUGCUUGAACUCUGACCCUGGGUUGGGCACAAGGUCACUCAGUACUAAAACUAGGGAGCGGGUGGUGUUGGAACCUAGCAGAGCUGCGUUUUGGGUAUUAUUAAACCAGACAUCUAUGAGCACC